AUGUUGCGCCGGUCAUUUUGUAAAGCCAGCGGCUCCUCCGUGCCGAGCCUAGUUCGGGCUGCGUCAUCGACGUCAAGAUGUGCCAUGGCUGCCCUGCCGUGCUCGUCGACUAGCAAAGCUCUCGCUGUCGGUCGUCGCCCUCUUACUUUGGCUGUCCAUCAACAGCAGAUACGCUUCGCCAGUGCCACCCAGUCGGCACCGGAUCCGAACGAUAACUUCCUGUCGGGCAAUGCUGCCAACUACAUUGACGAGAUGUACCUGCAGUGGAAGCGGGACCCCAAGAGCGUGCAUGUCUCUUGGCAGGCCUACUUUAAGAACGUCGAGAGCGGUGACAUGCCCAUCUCCCAGUCCUUCACUCCACCGCCUUCGCUGGUUCCCAGCUCGUCGGCAAGUGUUCCUGGCCUGGCUGCCGGAUCCGGCGUUGGCCUCGCGGAGGGCUCCAACGUCGACAAUCAUCUGAAGGUGCAGCUUCUGGUACGAGCGUACCAGGCCCGCGGCCACCUCAAAGCCGAUAUCGAUCCGCUCGGAAUCCGCAAUGAGUCCAAGGGCUUUGGCAACGUCAAGCCCAAAGAGCUCACCCUAGAGCACUACCAGUUCAACGAAAAGGACCUCGACACCGAGUACACCCUUGGCCCUGGUAUUCUGCCGCGUUUCAAGCGUGAGGGCCGCGAGAAGAUGACCCUGCGUGAGAUCAUCGCUGCCUGCGAGGACAUCUAUUGCGGCUCGUAUGGCGUCGAGUUUAUCCAUAUCCCCGACCGUGAGAAGUGCGACUGGCUGCGCGAGCGCAUUGAGGUUCCCCAACCUUUCAAGUUCUCCAUUGACGAGAAGCGCCGCAUCCUCGACCGUCUCAUCUGGAGUUCCAGUUUCGAGGCUUUCCUUUCCACCAAGUACCCGAACGACAAGCGUUUCGGCCUUGAGGGUUGCGAGACGCUCGUGCCUGGCAUGAAGGCCCUGAUCGAUCGUAGUGUCGACUAUGGCGUCAAAGACAUUAUCAUUGGAAUGCCCCAUCGUGGUCGUCUGAACGUUCUGUCCAACGUCGUCCGCAAGCCGAACGAGUCCAUCUUCAGCGAGUUUGCCGGUACCGCCCAUGCUGAGGACGAGGGCUCUGGAGAUGUCAAGUACCAUCUGGGCAUGAACUUUGAGCGUCCCACGCCUUCGGGCAAGCGCGUGCAGCUCUCACUCGUUGCCAACCCGUCGCAUCUGGAGGCCGAGGACCCUGUCGUGCUUGGCCGCACCCGCGCCAUCCAGCACUACAACAACGACGAGAGCACCCACCGCAGUGCCAUGGCUGUACUUCUGCACGGUGACGCCGCCCUCGCUGCCCAGGGUGUCGUCUACGAGUGCCUGGGUUUCCACUCGCUACCCGCUUUCUCUACAGGCGGUACCAUCCACCUCGUCGCCAACAACCAAAUUGGUUUUACCACCGAUCCCCGUUUUGCUCGCUCGACCCCGUACUGCACGGACAUUGCAAAAGCUAUUGACGCCCCUGUCUUCCACGUCAAUGCCGACGACGUCGAGGCAGUUAACUUUGUCUGCCAGCUGGCUUCGGACUGGCGCGCGGAGUUCAAACAGGAUGUCAUCAUUGACAUGGUCUGCUACCGCAAGCACGGCCACAACGAGACCGACCAGCCGUCCUUUACGCAGCCGUUGAUGUACAAGCGCAUCAACGACCAUCGUCCGCAAAUCGACAUUUACGUCGACAAGCUGCUGCAGGAAGGCACCUUCACCAAGGAAGACAUCGAGGAGCACAAGCAGUGGGUGUGGGGCAUGCUUGAAGACAGCUUUUCCAAGUCCAAGGACUACCAACCGACCUCCAAGGAGUGGACCACCUCCGCCUGGAAUGGCUUCAAGUCGCCCAAGGAGCUUGCCACCGAAAUCCUCCCCCACAAGCCUACUGGUGUUGACCGGAAAACACUCGAACACAUUGGUGAGGUCAUUGGCUCUGCACCUGAAGGCUUCACCGUUCACCGCAACCUGAAGCGUAUCCUCUCUGCCCGCACUAAGUCUGUUCUUGACGGAAAAAACAUUGACUGGUCGACUGCUGAGGCCCUUGCAUUUGGUUCGCUGGUCUCAGAGGGCCACCACGUUCGCGUGUCUGGCCAGGAUGUCGAACGUGGCACCUUCUCGCAGCGCCAUGCCGUGUUCCACGACCAGGAGACUGAGGAUACAUACACGCCCCUGCAGCACGUUAGCAAGGACCAGAGCAAGUUCGUCAUCUCUAACUCGUCUCUGAGCGAGUUUGGCGCUCUUGGCUUCGAAUAUGGAUACUCGCUGACGUCGCCCAAUGCCCUUGUCAUGUGGGAGGCGCAGUUUGGUGAUUUCGCCAACAACGCGCAAUGUAUCAUUGACCAGUUCAUUGCCUCUGGUGAGGUCAAGUGGAUGCAGCGCACCGGUCUCGUCAUGUCGCUGCCGCACGGUUACGACGGCCAGGGCCCCGAGCACUCCUCGGGCCGUAUUGAGCGAUACCUGCAGCUCUGCAACGAGGACCCUCGUGUGUUCCCUUCUGAGGACAAGAUUGACCGCCAGCACCAGGACUGCAACAUGCAGAUUGCCUACAUGACUACCCCUGCCAACCUGUUCCACAUUUUGCGUCGCCAGAUGAACCGCCAGUUCCGCAAACCCCUUAUCCUCUUCUUCUCCAAGUCGCUUCUUCGCCACCCUCUCGCUCGCUCGAGCAUUGAGGACUUCACUGGUGACUCUCAGUUCCACUGGAUCAUUCGCGACCCAGCCCACGACCUAGGUACCAUUAAGAGCAACGAGGAGAUCGACCGUGUGAUUCUGUGCUCUGGCCAGAUCUAUGCUGCCCUGCACAAGUACCGCGCGGACAACAACAUCGACAACGUUGCCAUUACGCGUGUCGAGCAGCUGCACCCGUUCCCUUGGCAGCAGCUAAAGGAAAAUCUGGACUCGUACCCCAACGCCAAGACGGUGGUUUGGGCCCAGGAGGAGCCCCUCAACGCCGGUGCCUGGACCUUCACACAGCCUCGCAUAGAGACGAUUCUGAAUCAGACGCAAUACCACGACCACAAGCACGUCAUGUACGCCGGCCGCAACCCCAGUGCAUCGGUAGCUGCGGGUACCAAGUCGUCGCAUAACAAGGAAGAGGAGGACCUCCUUGAGAUGGCUUUUACAGUGAGGCAGGACAAGCUCAAGGGCGAGUAG